CCUUCAUUCAAUAGUCUAUCAUAUCCUCCCCGAGGUAUGGCUGCUUUCAAAGGUGUAUCGGUGUGUGGUGUGCUAUCCGCUGAUUGAUUCUCAUGAACUUCCAUCAAACCAGACAAGACACGCGACACUCGCCAACCAGCAAAUCAUCCUUCAAUCCAGGCCGGAAGCCGUCGUGCAGGGCUUCGGUCCCCUGCUGUUUCACUGGUUCCCGUCUUGGAAUCUCGAUGGAACCGACUCUCAGUCCCCUUUCUGGAUGCUAGAAGAGGGCGCCCAGCGUCGCAUUCAUACAGCGUCUAGGUCGCAAACAUGGCCUGCCGAUGAUGACUGGUGAAGUCAUCGCCGCCAACCGCACCCAAGUGGGCACCCAAUCGCCGCCAGCGCGCCAACGCGGUUGGUUCCUGGAUUGGAUCCAGCACCGACUGGCCUGCCAAGCCCUUCCAAGUUUUGGCUCGCCUGCUUUCUCACACGCUCUUCUCCCCGUUGAACUUGCGCCGGUGCUAGCCAUGAUCCGCCCCCCUCUUCGCUUGUCAAAGACGGCUCUUACCACCAUCGGGAGGCGAGGGGUCUCUGAUGGAAACGGUAUGAUAGUGUGGCGUUUUCGUUGAUGGCUUCCUGUUGGUCCACGACCAUCAGCACACAGACUGGAGCUACUGGGCAGCUCCACGCCUCAUCACGGCCACACACAACCCUCUCUCUCUUGUCUCCAUACUUUGGGCCUGACAGCUGUUUGCUAAUUAGUGCGGCGACCAUCGUUCACAAUGUUCCAUCGACCGGUUGAAUGUGCGGUACUACUUUGGGCGCUACCUACUUGUGGCAGAGGAUGAAAGCUCACCCCCGCGUUUUCGAUUUCUUGGAUUCAGGGCCAGGCCAAAAGUCGCCUCAGCCAGGGAUCCAACUUCUAGACCGAGAUGGGGUACCACUAAGUCUAGUUUUUUCCCCUGGAUUUUGAUUCUGAUGCUAAUUCUUAUUCUUGUUCUUGUUCUUGUCAAAACUUAUUCCUCAAUCCUUCUAUCAACCCUCUCACGGGCUCGUUGUCACGUCACGUCACGAGCCAAGAGCUCCAUAUUCUCAACCUCAAAUCGUAGCCUUCACCCUUCAAAUCUGUCGUUUCAGUCAUCCAUUGCCCCAAUAAUAAUAAUCCUCUAUCUCUCCAAUACCUCAAUCCCUCUGCCUGCGCAAGGACUGACCUCACAAGCCCUGCCAUCCCGCUCCUGUCCUUGCGGGCGAUGUGACAACCCCUACCACCCAACUGCAGGUGGCGACAUCAUAGUGUGCCUCGAACCAUCCAACCGCCGUCCACGCAUCAGAGCCUCCCCGUCACUAUCUGGCAUCCCUGACGGAACGGCCUUUGCCAGUUGCCACGCCUCUUUUCUCUCACGAUGUCUUUCGUAAAUCUCUCCCGUCCCCCUCUCGACCAUCGGGCCCAUAGCGAUACCAACGUCCGGCCUAGAUUCAAUUCCCACAAUACUUCCGACCGUCUAAGAGAAGGUUCAGGGCUUCGACCCAAGGCGUAUCCAAUGGUCAGCAACAUCAAAAAGGGCAGGAAAUCGGUCUUCAAAGAGGUGGGACUGGACGACGACUUUAGCGACGACUGCGGCUCGCCCGUUGUGGAGACUUUCCAACAGUCUUGUGGCCGACAGGAAUCGAUGUCUAGCGAGAAGGUGUUCGGAGAUGUACCUGGGCUGGAGGAAGCGAAACGCGACGGUACAUCGAACGAUGAGGAAGACGACGCAGAGGACGACGGAGAUGGGGACAGCAGGCGUUCUGCGACGGAACAGCGCGAAGCAGCGAACGACUCUAGACAACAGAGCUCAAGUCAGGCUGUAAAGGUGUCUUGGUACAACAAGCUUUCUCAGGGUUAUCGACGGCCGAGGAUCAAGACGGUCUCUAGCGCACCACCACCUACAAUCUCAAGUCUGCAGCGCAUUGGCAUGAUUGCACUACUCAUCGCGGUCAUCAUCCCGGCAUUCAGCUAUAACAAUGGCCGCCAGAAGAUUGAGAGUGGUGCAAUCGCGGGUGUCGUGCGUCCACGAGCAACGACAUCAACGGAUGUCUGUCUUAGAUGGGCACAGCAGGCGGCUUUACUCAACGGCACUCUUUAUAUGUAUGGAGGUCAAUCCAAGACGGAGUCUUCGCAAACCGUCAACACCUGGAAUAACGACUUUCUCACUCUUGACCUAACGAAAUCAUGGGACACGAAAUCGCCCUCUCUCAAGGGCAUGGCAAUACCUAGUGGGCCUCCAGCAGUCGCCAACGGCUACUUGUGGCACGACUACGACUAUCUCUACCUCUACGGCGGCCAAUUUGCUGAUAACGACGGCGCUGAAGGCACGUACGCCACCGUUGCUCCCAUGUCGAUCUGGCGAUACUCUGUCAAGGACAGCUCCUGGCUCGAGUUCAAGGACCCGCGCACGUCAGCUGGCAACUAUUCGACUGCCGCCAAUACUCCCGUUCAACGUUCCGCCGAAGGCGCGGGCUUGUCGGUACCUGAGCUCGGUUUGAGUUGGUAUUUUGGCGGCCACCUCGACUGGCUGACCACCGAGGGUUGGUCGACCCAGACUCCGAGGGUGUAUCUCAAGAGCCUGCUAGAGUUUACACACCCCGGAUACCUGAACACUGGUGUAGACGCCCUUCGUGCUGCUGGCGCUGCCGAUGGCGGAGUGUUUCGUAACGUGACUGAGGGCGGGCUACAGGAAACGGAUGCGUUCCCGGAACGAGCUGACGGUGUCUUGGUUUUUGUGCCCGGGUGGGGCGCGAGGGGAGUCUUGAUCGGCAUGGCGGGAGGAUCUGACAAGACAUUUGUCGACGACCUGGGCACACUCGAUGUCUACGAUAUCGCUACGUCUGAGUGGUAUCAUCAGAGGACGACAGGUGACCGGCCCUCCGUCCGCGUCAACCCAUGCGCCGCCAUUGCGAGCGCACCAGAUGCCUCGAGCUUCCAGAUCUACUUCUUCGGCGGACAAAACUUGCAGCCUUUUGGCAACCAGACACAGUACAACGACAUGUAUAUCCUCUCCAUCCCCGCCUUCGCCUGGAUCAAAGUCGACGCAACCGACGGCGUCCCCGCCCCUCGCGCCGGCCACACUUGCACCAUGCGCGACGGCCAAAUCAUCGUCGCCGGCGGUUAUCUCGGCCCCGACGCCGGGUGUGAAUCUCCCGGUGUCUUUGUCUUCGACGCGAGCAACCUCAAAUGGAACACGGGCUUCAAAGCCGGAGCCCACGCAGCAGACUUCAGCUCCGAGAACUCCGUUCUGGCUGGGUCCUACGGCUACAAAGUCCCCGACAAAGUCCAGAGCGUCAUCGGUGGCAGCUCCGAAGGCGGGGCUACCGCAACCACACCUGCUGCCGGUCCAGCUACGGGUGGUCCGUUCAAGACGGGCACGCCGCCCGUUUUCACUGUGACGCAGGGUGGCGCGACAGCUACAGUCACGGGCGUGGGACCCACGAGCACAUCCGCGGGACAGGCGCCGACAACCAAGGACCACGGAGGCGGGACGAACCCUGGCCUCAUCGCUGCAGGCGUUAUCGCCGGUAUCCUAGGCGCGCUGGCCUUGUAUCUCGGCUUCUGCGCGUGGCUCUACCGACGCCAGGUCGCGGCGUACAAGCAGCAUCUAUCUCAGGUGAACCGGUACUCCGGCGCAAGCUCCAUGCACUUCGGUGCGGCAGGCUUCUUUGGUGCUGGAAAUCGCGACGAGGAGAGGAGAGAGCGUGGACACCGUCGAGACGCGAGCAUGGUCAGCGACGAGUCCUUCUCAUGGGUUGGCACGGGCCUCGAACCAAAGUGGAUGACGGAUGAUCCUACGCCGGGAUCUGGAUCUGGCGGCACGGCGAGCGGUAGCGGUGCUGGCAGCGGGUUCAAGAGGAAGAGUGAGGACGCGAGGACGUUCAAGAGCGGGCCGAGUGGGAACGAUCCGCGCACGAGCUCCAGUCGACGCGACAAUACGGACAAUGAGAGUGUUUCCAGCACCGAGCAGUUGCUUGAUGGGCAGGAGCCAAGUUUCUUCUCGGUUGUCAUGGGGCCUAGGCGUGCUUUGCGGGUCGUCAACAGUACCGACUGAGGUAAUGAAUAAUACACGAAUGGUUCACGAAAACAUCUGGAGCGGGGAGCUAGGAUAGGAAAAACACGAGAUACACGAGGAUGUACGAGGAUACACGACCUUUUUCUGUAUAUAUAUACACACACACGAUCAAG